AUGUUCUACAUGAUCACCAAUUUGAGUGGCAGGGAUGAGCAAAAGGCUGCUGAAUCCAACUUUAUGAAAAAGACUGCUUUCCAAUUACACCUGGAGAACCGACAACAGGGAUCGAACCCGCAACUUCGGACCGAUACCUGGUUGUUCAUGACAAAACUUUUUGUUGCUUGUGCCCCCCUCAACAUGAGCUCUGAUGACUUUGAGCCAGAUGGAAGCCUCGUCGACCGCAUGUCGACCAUUGCUGCCCUGGCUUCCAAUAUCGCCCAAUGCCCACUCAACCCCUCCCCAAAUACCCACAACAAGUUUAUUGGACUUCCGACUACAUUGUCACCUCUCGCUCUCGUUCUCGCACCCCCCAUUCACACCCUCACUCUCGCCAUUCUCGGUCUCAUUCCCAUCGUUCUCGUCCUCGCUCCCAUCGUUCUCAGCCUUGCUCUCAAUCUCGCUCUCAUUCUCCACAUUCUAGGUCUCGCUCUGCUUCUCACUCUCACUCUGCUUCUCGCUCUCGCUCUGCUUCUCACUCUCGCCCUGCUUCUCGGUCUUGCCCUGCUUCUCAGUCUCGCCCUGCUUCUCAGUCUUGCCCUGCUUCUCGAUCUCGCCCUGCUUCUCGAUCUCACUCUGCUUCUCAGCCUUAUUCCCCCCAUCCUCACAAGCCUCCUCCUCCUUGCUCUCGCUCUCGAUCCCAUCGUUCUCGGUCUCGCUCCCCCCAACCUCAUCCUCGCAAGCCUUCUGCUCCCUCUCGUUCUCGCACACCUGCUUGUGCAGAGUCUGAAACUCCCUCUGCAAUUCGUGCACGAUUUCUUGUUAUUACAGAAAAAGACAAAAGCUGCACAUCCCCCAAAGCCCUUUUUGAACACCUCACCUCCCCCUCGGAUGCAACAAAUGAAGAACAAGAAAAUGCGAGCUUUAGACAACUCAUCUAUGGAUACGAGGCAGCAUUGCUUCAAGUCUGGGCAUUUCUUGACCACCCGAGGUCCCAAAAAUGCCAUGCAGUCCUAUGUCGAUUAUGUCGUCCGAUCAGUUGAAACACUCAAAUUCAUGCUCAUCUGGAACUCGCUUGAACAACAGCCAGGUGGCCAAGACACGAAAAAAAGACAUUUGGCCAAACUCUAUGCAUCACUCGAUCCAAAAACUCAGAAAGCCAUCGACGACCUUCGCACACAAGUCGACCAGGAAUGA